UGAGGUCUUGUCAAGUGCCUAUAACAAGUAUUUGAGACAGGAGGGGGUGGAGGAGGGGAAACGGACUCCAAAAAACUACAAAAUCAAAAUUAAUAAAUGUGUGUGACUACAUAAUAUAACAAUAUGUCAACUAAUCCUAAAUUUUACUUCAACCUUUCUGUAGUUAUUUGUAUAUUUUAUUUUAAUGAGGGAUGUGGGUACAUGGUAUUUUGUUGAAUAUAAUGUGGAGGAGGUCCUCCCAAACAGGACUACAGAGGGCCAACAGGGCUUCUAAAAUGACCCUUUUAGGCCUUUAAGGUCCUGCAUGUCCCCAUCUGUGCCUGCGUCUCCAUGAUCUCCAUGAUGCCACUCUCCUACUUGCUCACUAAACUCAGCCAGCCAGCCUUGCAAAUUCCUAAGCUGCACCAAAACCUUUCCCCGUGUCCCCUCCUCCCGCCCCCCAACACUCACCUUGACUGGCUCCUUCCCACCUAUUCGUUUUCCACUUAGUAACCUCCUCAAGGGGACCCCCCUGAGCUGUCCAUCUAAAGUAGGCACAGGUGCCCCCCUCACCACCUGUUCUGUCGCCUUCUUUCCUCCAUAACAUUGCUCUCCAUCUGUAGUUUAUUUUUUCUGUUUAUUCUAUCUUCCCAUGAUACUAAUAAGCUCCAUGAAGGCGAGAAACUUUGCCUUGUUCUCUGUUGUAUCCUUAGGACCUACUCUAGUGACUGGUGCAGAGCAGGCCUCAAUGAAUAGCCGCUGAAUUUGUGAAUAAUGAAGGAGAACUUCAUCUUCGAGGGAGGAGGGCCAAGCCGGAAAGAUUUGCCGUGGACUCCAUCUUGGGAGGCUGAAGGCACUCAUCUUCCUCUGAUUCUAGGCCCCCAGAUGGGUUUCAAAAGGAACAUUUGGAGGUUUUCCCCCCGCAGUAGUUCUGAUGAAAGCUCCUGUAACUUACCCUAUUGGGGUGGGGCUGAGGGAAAUUAAAAAAUGGACUCAAAACUAGUUUGAAAGGGAAGGAAGUGGUUGAGGGCAGGUGGAUGGCUCCCCAGGUUGGGCCACUUCCUUUGUCCCAGCCCCGCCCCCGGAUUCUAACGGCUCCACCCCUUCCUGUCUUCCGCUGGGAGCCAGGGAUGGCUUGGGCCCCGGGUUCCGGGUUCCGGCGCCAGGGCCCUCAUCCUCGUUAAUUAUUCAAGAUGGAGGAGGACACUAGGGGAGGCGCUCUUAUUAAUAUUCAUGAGGGGCGGGGCCUCCCUCCCGCUGGGGCUCCUGGGAGGAUUCUAAAGUCUUCUCGAGGGCACUGGGGCUCCUGGGAGGCGCGACCCGCAGCGCCGGAGCGGAUCCGAGCCGGAUCUCUCUUCCCGGCCGGAAAACCUCGAGGAGAUUUUUUCUUAAAAAACUUUAAGAAAUUUGAGGAUGGUGGGGCACAACGACUAACUCCCAUCUUCCUGUGAUUCUUUAGCCGGAAAACGGUCAAAUUCUGUGGAUAAAUUCACAAGAUAAGAAAAAGGAUGGCAUCUAGAGUAAAUACCAGUUUCACUUUGAUUCCCAACCAGAAAUAUAGACGUAGUAGUCGUCGAUCCAGCCAUGUUUCCAACACCCUCGACUCAGAUUCUCAGCCCUUAUCAGCACUUGGAAAUUUUAGAGCCUUGCCAUUGGAAAUAUUCCAAAUAAUCUUAAGAUAUUUAUCAGUGAAGGAUGUCAGCAUGCUAAGCAUGGUGUCCAAAACAGUCAGCCAGCAUAUUAUUAAUUAUAUCUCAACCUCAUCAGGAAGCAAAAGACUUUUACUACAGGACUUUCAUAACCUUGAGCUGCCUGGCAAGAGACAAGACUCUGCUGUAUUGGAACACUACAGAUCUCUAGGUUUACUGUUUAAAAGAUGUACAUUGUUGCUACCCACAAAAGAAAGACUAAAGUACAUUCACAAGAUACUCGCAGAAGUUCCCUGUUUUAAAUUCAAUGGCUGUGCAGCUCCUAUGCAGUGUUCAGGAUUAUCAUGUUAUGGCAUGCUUUUACAGACCUUAACAGCAGGUUGGGAUGAACUUGAGUGCCAUCGGGUUUUUAACUUUUUAUGUGAGCUGACUGAUCUCUCCCGCAAAAUGCAGACCAUUGUCUUCAGCAAACCAGGAAAUUCCCGAAAACUAGAGUUAAGGAUCAGACUGUUCUGUAGGAAUGUCCUGUUUGAUCAUUGGACACAUAGAAGUGAUUCUGCUUUUUGGUUGACACGUAUAUUAAAACCAUGGCCAAUGGUGAAUCAGGCAAGAUUACUAUAUAUCAUCUUUGGACCAAUAUCUCCUCAAGAUGGACAAGUGGUUUGGCAGAAAAUGGUAGAAGAACCUACAGAUGAAUCUAGUCUGAAAGGUCUGGCUGAUGCCAUUAAAUUACUAUAUGACACAGGCAUCAAAGAGUGGACAGCAGAUGAUGUUAUCAGUCUUAUAGAUGAACUAUCAGUGGUUCCUCGUGAGUGGCUUCUAGAAAAUAAUGCACGUCUCCUAAUCCUAAGUGGGAACGACAUCUGUUUCACUUUCAUGGCUAGUAAAGCUGUGAAUGGACGGACCGCUGAACUGGCAAGACUGAUAGUCUUUUUGGCUUUGGUGUGCGAGAAAGAACUAUACUGCAUGGACUGGGCAGUUAAAAUGAUGCAAAAAGUCUGUAAAGUCUUUAGUACCUCAGUUGAAAAAAACAACUUCCUGCAGAAUGUGGCAAAUGCAUUUGCAUGUAUUAUAAUGGAAAUGCUGCAGUCAAUUAUGUCUGGAGACCGAGAUGAAGAGGACAGAAUCUUUUUGAAUUUGUUCCAUCUUGUGCAUGCUCAAGCUAACUUCCAUAAGGAGGUCCUGUAUUUGACCAUCAAUUCUAUCUCUACCUAAAUACUCAGAAAGCCGUGCAUUUAGAGACUACCUCACUGAACUAACAAUGAGAAGAAUGCUACUUUCCACAAUCAAAAAAUAGCACCCAAAGAACUUUUUUUCACCCAAGUAAUUCUAAAGUUGCACAGAAUUUUAGUGGCAACUUCUUAUAUCAUUAUUAAUAUAAAAAUUAUAGGCAAACCCAAGAAUAUAUUGAGAUUUCUCUGGAAAACAAGCUGUGCCUCUUCCAGAAUUUAUAAACCUCACACCAAAAUUUAGUCUCCAAGAGUCUGGGGCCGGCCAGCCUGUAUGUAUGGGUCUUUGAAGCAAGAGAAAAUUUUCUUUUAUAGUUGAGCAGACCCAACUUUAGUAUGUAUCUGUUCACUGUGCUUAGAUUGUGUAGACCUAGCCUAGAAUGUUUUGUGAAGGUUUGCAAUAUGAUGUUUUGGAAUGUGCAGAUAUAAAUCACAUUUUAAACCACCUUGUUGGCAUAUAGUUACAAAGAACAUUAUAUUUUGUUCGUGUUUUGUAUGAACAGAUCAAAAACCAAAGGAAGUAUGUGUGUAUAUGUAUAUACAUACCCAUAAAUAUGUAUAUAUGUACAUAUACACAAAUAUAUAUGUUUCUUUAAGACAAAUCAUACAAAAAGUCUAUAAAGAGAGAGGGGUAUAUAGUGUUUUAAUACAAAUCAUAUUUUAUUUCUGGGGAUUAGAGUAAAAUGUUGCAAAUAAGGGAAAAUAUAAAAUGAAAGAAAAGUACCUAUUCUGAUGCCAGCACAAUAUGCACAAAUAAUUUGCACUUCCUCCUAAAGCUUUUCUCCCUGUCUUGAAAAGUAGAACUUGAAGAAACUGGAAGCAUGAAUGUUAAAGCAGCCCAGGAGUGGGGUUUUUCUUCACUCAAGUAAAUGAAUUCUAAGAAGCUCCAGGACUAUUUCAGUCUGACUAGCAUCACUUUUACUAUUAAAGUAGAAAACAAUAGCGCCUAAUGAGGCUGAAAUAAUGCCGGAACUCUCCUGGAUUUUCCAUUUUCUUCUCCUUGGGUUUGAUCAUUUUACUUCUGUUGAACACACAACGUUUCCCACUCGACUUUUCAGACACUGGCUUUCUUUUUCUAAGCCCUUGAUUUAACUCACCUCUUCAGCUGAUAAAGGGGAGAAAUAACUAGACGAUAUAGAAAUUACCUGCAGAAGUAGGAUAGAAAUUGUGGAAAAUUCUCAAGUAUUUGGCAAGUGGGGUUCAGUAAGAGAUUUAAUAAGAUUGAGGAAGAGUGAAAUUUGUGGAGAAAAUGUAAAUUUUGAUAACAAGAUUUUACUAUAUUUCAGUAGCAUAAGCACUUAACCUUCUUUUAUGGAUAGUCAGAAACUAACUGCCUUUCUUUGAUGGAUUGUUGGACUGCAAUUCCAUCGGUUGCAGGAAUUAUUUCUCCAGAGUUUAGCAUUUACAUAUUUAUGCAAAAAAACAAGUCCUUGCUUUUAUCCUAGUUUCAUUUUCUUCCUCUAAUUUCGUUUUCUUCCUUCCAGUUCACCACUAAAUUAUGAAGAUUAAAAGUUGGCAGAUACCAGAGUACAAAACAUUUUAAUUAGCUUUUUUGUUUCUCUCUCACUCUUUUUCUCUUACAUGCUUUGGAAAACCUAACCCAUUUAUUUAUCAAAAUAUUAGUAAUUCCAAGUUGAGAAUAUACUCCAUUAGAUUAUUUGGGGGGGGGGUAGAGAAGAAAAAUGAAGGAAAGAAAGUAAAAAUUUUAAUAUAAAUAGUGAAUAUUUUAAAUAGUUUACUACAUAGAUGUUAAGUUUCAUUCUCUUAGAGAAGCAAUUUCGCAUUGUGAAGUUUCCUUGUGUUCCUUGAAUUACCUAAGUCUCUACAGCAGUUAUUUUCAGAAGUUUACAAAAGAAGAAUGGCUUAAUUUAAAAGAUUUUGACCUGGAUUUUGAAUCUCAUCACACACUUGACAUGACUGCUGCUGUAAAAUUUGAAAAAAACAUUAUUGUAUUAUUCUCGAUAAUUGUGAGGUCAUUGUCUCACCGUCCCCAGAAAUUUGGGACAUAAAAAAUCUGAUUCAUUCUUUGGGUACAGUAGAUAAAUGAUAUCAUCUUGCUACCAAUAAAAAGUAAAUAGAAAAAUUCUUCAUUCAAUUAUCAAUAGAUAAAAAUAACUUUUGAGACAAAAUUUGCAGUUUCCUCAAUUCAGCAAUCCAGUGGGGUUUUUUUUAUUGUGUUUUUUGUUUUUUACUUUUUGGGUCAACAGUAAUUUUAUUGUAACAGAGAAACCAGGCUGCAGUAAGUCUACAUGAGUAAGGUAGAUGGUGGUUAUCUUUCCAAAGGGUGAAUGAAGCCCGAGCCCAGCUAAACAGCAAUCCAGUUUUUUGCUGAAUAUAUUUGUCAUUAGGAAUAAAGUGUGAUAUCAAAUUUUGAAGUGGGAGGCUAAAUUGUAAAAGCAUAUAUGUAUGUAUUAUCAUUAAUAUUGAUGUUUAAGUGAUGGUAUAUGCAAUCAUAUUGCCACAAAAAAGGUGCAUGUGCAAAAUGAAUAGCCUAAAGAUGUUAGGAGAUUGUUCACUUCUAGCUGACUCUAGAACAGUCAUAAUAACAUAACAAUACUAGCAAUUCAAAUCAUUCAUUUAUCCUAUACUUUUUUUCUGAAUUAGAAGAUAAGCCUGUGCUUCUAGCUCUUUUUUUCCUUUUGGUAGUGAUUUCCUCAGAAUUCUUUGACUUUUAUUUGUAGGAUGAUUUUUACUUCCACUAGAAGGCAAGCCCAAAAAGUUCAAUGACAGCAUUACAUUUAACUUUACUAUUGUUUCUAAACACACACACACACACACACACACACACACACACACACACGACACCAUAAUAGUACUAAUAACAAACUAAUGAUGCCACAUUUCUUAGACACUAAUUUAAAGUUUAUUUCUUGUGAUAAAUACUCUGUACCUUAUGAAACCAUAAAACACCUAUUCUUUUAAUAUGUCUUUAUUGAUUUUGUUUUGAGAGAGAG